UGGGAUACAUCACAGUGUUGUUUACAAGAUGGUACAGAAUAUUUUGUUUUGAUUUGCGAACAAGAAACGUUAAGGCCGGCUGCUAAUCAUUACCCGUGAGCGUUAUUCGCGUGCAGAUUGAAUUUAUUUGUAUCGAGGCGGCACACAGCGAGCGGAUCGAGCAGAUGGACGCGCAGCACAGCUCCGACUGUCAGGAGAAGUGAUUUUGCACAGUCACAGACAGAUUGACAGGACUGCCCCUGCUGAAAACACAGGACUAUAAAGUGGGCCUAUAGCAGUGGUCUUUGAAUCCAGCCGAAUGAAGAAAGCGGCUGCAAAGCAUCUAAUUGAGCGCUACUUUCGGCAGUUAACUGAGGGCUGUGGAAAUGGCAACUGCACGAAUGAGUUUUGUGCAUCAUGUUGUGAUUUUCAACCUGUGGAUAGCAAUUCAGCGGCUGUCAAAGCGCUUGAGCUUUUUAAGAUUAACGCAAAACUCUGUGAUCCUCACGCUUCCAAGAGUGAAUCUGGUGCUCUCCAUCCAGACACCAGUGCCAACGGAAUCCGCCCUAACUUCAGCAAUAUGAUGAGCAGCAAGGACCUCUUGGGCACCAAGGAAGACUUUUCAGAUGUUCAUUACCUCACAGAGGACACUGUAUAUACGAUCCUGACUGUCUGUGAGGAAGAAGGGGACUACUCAGUUCUCAUCCGCAUCAUUGGCAAAGUCUUCUCCAAUGCAGAGGCUCUGAUUAAAAGCUUUAGGAAGGUUGCACCUCACACCACAGAAGAGCUCCACUCUUUUGAGCCAACAGAUGUGGACAAGCAUAAGGAGCGAUCAGCCGCUGUAUCAGAGAAGAUGGGUGGUUCCUCUGCUGCUGCUGCUUUACCAGAGGACAGUCCCACUCAAACAGUUGGCCCCGAUGAGGUUACUGUGGACAUUGAUGCUGUGAGGAGGGUGUAUGACAGACUCCUGGCCAAUGAACAGAUAGAGGCAGCUCUUGUAAAUGCUCUGGUUUACCUAACUCCGAAUGUGGAACUUGACCUGGAAUACCUUGAUGUCUAUGAGACAAACCCUGAUUACUUAAACAUCUUCAUCAUUGUGAUGGAGAACAGCAACCUUCACAGCCCAGAGUACCUGGAGAUGGCGAUGCCGCUGUUCUGCAAGGCCAUGAGCAAGCUGCCAGUAUCUGCUCUCGCCAAGUUGUCAAAAGUCUGGGCGCGGUUCGGUCUUCCACAUAUUCGCCGUAUGAUGGAGACCUUCCAGCAGCUCAUCACUUUCACAAUAAUCAGCAAUGAAUACGACAGCGAACAUCUUGUAAAUGAUGACGAGACUGUGGUGGCCGCUACCAAUUGUUUAAAAGUGGUCUUCUACGCAAGUAUCCUGGCUGGGGACCUGGAUGUAGACCAUAAUGAGGAGGAAGAUGAAGAAUCGGAGUCAGAUGAGCUCACCCUGCAGGAACUGCUAGGUGAAGAGCGGCUAUACAGGAAGGGUCCUCGGAUCAACCCUCUGGAAAAAGAACUUGGUGUUAGAACCGUGGACUGCAGAAAGCCCCUUAUCCCCUUUGAGGAUUUUAUCAACGAGUCGCUGAACGACGUGAUUGAGAUGGACAAGGAUUUCACCUUCUUCAAGGUGGACGCCGAAACCAAGUUUUCUUUCCAGAGCUGCCCGUUCAUCCUCAACGCCAUCACCAAGAACCAGGGACUGUACUAUGACAACAGGAUCAGGAUGUACAGCGAACGACGCAUCACUGCACUCUACAGCAUGGUGCAGGGCCAGCAACCCAACCCCUAUCUGAAGCUGAAAGUGCGCAGAGAUCACAUCAUUGACGAUGCCCUCGUCAGAUUGGAGAUGAUUUCCAUGGAGAACCCCUCUGACCUGAAGAAACAGCUGUUUGUUGAAUUUGAGGGGGAGCAAGGUGUCGAUGAAGGAGGCGUUUCAAAGGAGUUCUUUCAGUUGGUCUUGGAGGAAAUCUUCAAUCCCGACAUUGGAAUGUUUACCUAUGACGACGAGACAAAGCUUUUUUGGUUUAAUUCGUCCUCGCUGGAGAAUGAAGCCCAGUAUACUCUUAUUGGGAUUGUCCUGGGCCUUGCCAUUUACAAUAAUUGCAUCCUGGAUGUACAUUUCCCAAUGGUUGUCUAUAGGAAACUCAUGGGCAAGAAAGGAACCUACUUUGACCUGGCAGAUUCUCAUCCAGUUCUCCUCCAGAGUCUCAAGGAGGUACUUGAGUACACAGGCAAUGUUGAGGAAGACAUGAUGAUCACCUUCCAGAUAUCACAUACCGACCUAUUUGGAAACCCAGUCUCAUACGACUUGAAGGAAAAGGGAGACCAAAUCCCUGUUACCAACGAGAACAGACAGGAAUUUGUGGACCUGUAUGCAGACUACAUACUGAACAAGAGUGUGGAGACACAGUUCAGGGCCUUCAAAAAAGGUUUCCUUAUGGUCACAAAUGAGUCCCCGCUGAAAUAUCUGUUUCGACCCGAGGAAGUUGAGCUUCUAAUCUGCGGGAGCAGGAAUCUUGACUUCAAAGCACUUGAAGAUACAACUGAAUAUGAUGGCGGUUACAGCAAAGACAGUCAAAUUAUCAAAGACUUCUGGGAAACACUUCACUCAUUUGGAGAGGAGCAGAAGAGGCUAUUCCUCCAGUUCACCACAGGCACAGACAGAGCACCAGUUGGCGGCCUGGGCAAAUUAAAAAUGAUCAUUGCCAAGAACGGCCCAGACACAGAUAGGCUACCGACGUCUCACACUUGCUUUAAUGCACUGCUGCUUCCAGAGUACUCCUCCAAGGAGAAACUGAGGGAGAGACUUCUCAAAGCCAUCACUUACGCCAAAGGAUUUGGGAUGCUGUGAAAGGCGCUGGUUUACAAAGAACAUUUUCUGACAGUAUUUUUCAACUUCAAUUUUGCAAAAAUUCCCGAGGGAAAUGAAUACGAUGAAACAAAUGCUGUGGUGAUAAUGUGCCUCAACUCGUCUUUCAGUCAUACUCCACUAAUGGCCUUUCACAUGUAGAGCUCAUUUUCCUGGAAUGCAAGCGAUUUAAGUUUCCCAAAGAGUUAAUACAGCAAGUUUAAGGAGGAGCCAGUGAUUCUGGAGAAAUAGUGUUAAUAUUUGCAAUUAGUUUUACCAGUUUUACCAUCCCACUCACUUGAACUGCCACCUCUCCCUCCAUCUGUGUUCUGUGUACGACCACAAAUGCCCCCUGCUGCUGAUUGGAUGAAAUAGUGUUGCGUGGUCCGGUCUGAGCCACUUUGUUUGUCUUCCUUUAUAGAUCCAGGCCUGUGUAUGAACACCAGAUUUUUUUUUCAGUGCACUCACACAGUGGACAGCCAGCGGUAUUCACUGAAUCUGUUGAUUUCAGAUAUCGACCAUCUUUCUCCAGAAUUGCUGACUCCACCUGAUGUGUCUUUUUUCCACGUGUGUUGUGUUCAUGUGCAUUACGAGGGUGUUAAUUACAUUUGAUUUGUGAAACUGUGAAAGUGCACUUACACACAAAAUUUAGUGAAUGCUGUUGUUUUCUUUCUGUUGAUGUAGUUUGAAUUUUCUCAUUUCUCCCAGUGAUAGCACAGAAGUGUCCUGCUCACAGACACUUCCCAGAAGUCACUGGACCGGGCAUAAUGGUGCUCCCUGGCUCAAAUGAUUGUCAUUAUGGUAAAAUGAGGUUUUUGAAUGGAUCCCUGCAUAUUACUGUUAAACUAAGCCCCUCCCUCAUUGGUUUUAUGUUUUAACUUUGUUUUCUUUCAGGGUGCAAACACACUCAACACUAUGCUAUGAACUAAUCUCUUGAAUAUUCCUGUGUUGUGCCUCUUCUAUAAGAUUUAAAAUGAAUACUUAGUAUUCUGUACAUGAGUAUACUGUAAAUUACACCACUUAGUGUGGUUUUUAGUGGUGAGUUGGAUUUCAGAAUGUACUUACAUUUAGCAAUCCAGCUUCACGCCUCAUGGAAAAGUUGUUCUUUGUUGUUUUGUUUGCAGUGAAGUGUUAUUGCUGAUUGCAGACAAAUGUGCAAUGCCUGCAUAAGUAAGAGAAUCGCUGUCCUUUUCUGUUAAAUUUGGCCAAAUGAUAUCUCAGGUAAAAACCAAAAAAAACAAAACAAAAACAAAACAAAAAUAGCAAAUGUGCAAGUAAGAUUGUGAAGCUCUUAUGUAAACCAACUAUUAUGCAAAGUGAAUAAAGAUGAAUAACCAACUUUGUCUUGAAUAGACAUAUAUUCAGACUAUAAAAGCAGCACUACACACAUAACGCAGACAACUUCCAAGAACUGUAUUACACUGAUGUAAACUGACUGGAUUUAUGUUUUUUGUUACCCUGAAACCUGCAUUUAA